AUGACCAACUGGACUCUCUCUCUGCUGCCCUCGAAGGAAGGACAAUCUGCACAGUCCAAAAGCAAGCGGAGACGCGAUGAUCAAACAGAAGACCUCCUCACGGCAGCGAAGCGCGCGCGCAGGGUGGCGCAGCGGAAAGAGCGCCUGCGAAUGUUUGGACUGCACAGCGUUGAAGGAUGGACGGAAGAAGACUUCCAGCCAGAUAUGCUGCAAAGCACAGCUGAACAGCUGUUGGUCAGAGGCGUGCUUGCUGUCGAAGAUGGCGACCAUGAGAAAGCUCUUGAGUUCUUCAGGACGGGAGCUUUGUCCCGAAGUGUCACCAGCAUGAUAGAGCUAGCUCGCUCUCUCCUGUUCGGAGCACUGCACGGUAUUCCAAGCGACGCGGACGCUGCAAGUGUGAUGCUGCAGGUGGCAAAAAAGCAGAGCCAUGUAUCUCCUGGUCUGUUCGAGGAGUGCGACCAACAGACUGCAGAGCUGACGCUAGCAAAAGCUGCGGUAGCUGAGAACGACUUGCAGAAAAUGGUGAGCCUCUUGGGCAGCAGAAACGAAGAAAGUCUUGAGAUGAUUGCGGACGCUCUUGCAGACAUGGCGAACGACAAGGAAGGCUUGAAGGCGAUAGCUGAUUGUCAGGGCAGCUUGGAGAAGCUGACAGCUCUUUUGGGCAGCAAAAACAUAGACGUACUGCGUCCGGCCGUCAGCGUGUUUGCCGACCUGACCGCUGACGACGAGAGCAGAAGUGCUGUCGCGGCUCUUCCGAGCAGUCUAGAGAGGCUGGUCGCCCUCUUAAGAAGCAAGUACAUCCGCGUUCAGAACCUGUCCCCAACAGGAAGGAAGCCCAUUGCCACAACACCACACAGUCUGGAGAGACUAGUGGGGCUCUUGGAUACGGAGGAUGCGUAUGUGCCUAUGCAAACGGCGCGCGCUCUUGGGAACCUAGCGUGCAACGCGGAAAACCGGAAGGCCAUUGCUGCGGUGCCGGGGAGCUUGGAGGCUGUCACAAGACUGCUGUCCAACAAGAACCAGGAGGUGCAAGAAUGGGCAGCGUUCGCGCUUGCCAAUCUGGCCGCGGGAAAUCGACGCAACAGGGAGAGGAUUGCGGCAGAGUCUGGAGUUUGGGAAGCUCUUGCGGAUCUGAUGGGCAGCAAGAGUGCAAGAAUACAGGAAGAGGCCACGAGGGCCCUUGCUGAGCUCGUGGUUGACAGCGCAAACGUGAAGGCGUUUGCGGCAGUGCCGGGCAGUGUGGAGCGAAUUGUGCGGCUCUCGAGCAGCAACAAUCUAGAAGUGCAGAGAGAUACCAGCAAAGUUCUCGUGAACCUAGGCAAAGAUGAAGAGAUCGAGAAGUUGAUUGCGAAGCUUGAGGGCCACUCCGACGAUGAGGCAGAGCGCUUGCAAGAAGAGGAGCAAAGUGCAAAGCGCCUGCGCAUUAUUGGUUUGUUCAACAAUGAGGAAUGCACCGAAGAGCACUUUGAGCCAGACAGGUUGCAGAGCACAGCGGAGGUGCUCUUCAGCAAAGGAGUGCUUGCGCGGGAAAGAGGGGAAGACGCAGAUGCCUUUGAGUUUUUCAGAAUGAGUGCGGUAGCUGGGAGCGCCAACAGCAUGAUAGAGAUGGCACGCUAUUUUCUAGCUGGGACGGUUUGUUCAAAGGACGUCAUUGCCGCGCAAGCGCUGCUGAGAGCCGCAAGCAAGCACAGCUUUGUGGACUCUGAACUGCUUCAAGACUGCGAGGAUAAAACUGCGGAGAUGGCAAACGCCAGGCUGCCAGCAGGCGCUGCAUUCCCGAAGAUUCUCGAGCUAUUGUGCACUCUGGACAGCGAACGCAUCGAUGCGCAAAGGAGCGCCAAAGACAUGCUGUUUGAGCUAGCCAGAAAUGAGGACUCGAUUCAAAUACAUUGGCUGGUGCGCCUUUUGGGGAGCGAGAACGAGAUCCUGCAGGAAGUGGUGGCGGAUGUUGUCAGCGAUUUAGCGGAGGGUGAAGAGGACGGGCCUGGUCUUGGUGCGCUUCCAGGCCUCCUAGAGCGGCUGCUGGACCUUUUGAUGAGUGCGCGCGCGCGCGCGACCACAAUGAUCAUGGCGGCUGUGGCACUUGAAAACCUGGCAGUGGACGCAAAGAAUCGGGACAAGAUCCUGGCUGUGCCGCGAAGUUUGGAGUGUCUGACGACGCUUCUCUGGGGUCGGAGCGCAUUAACACUGCAAAAUGCGGCCGCGGAUGUUUUGUACAAUUUGGCUCAAGGAUCAAAAGCUUCCACCGUUCUGAGCGCAAUUGCAUCUGGGCCGGAGACUCUGCGCAAAUUGGCCAACCUUCUUAAUGGCAGGCCGGGCUUGAAAUCAUCAGAGACCUUAGGGGCAUGGGCGCUCGCGAGCUUGGCACUUGACACAGAAACUGGGAAAGCUAUAGCGGCAAUACCGGGCAGUCUAGAGGGUUUGGUGCGCCUUUUGGGAAAAGAUAACACGGGGCAGGUUCAGGAGCAGGCCGCGAGGGCCCUUGCCAACCUGGCGCUCGAGUCGAGCAACAGCAGAGCCAUCGCGCGCGCGCCGGGCGCGGUCGCGUGCUUGGUUCCCCUCCUGAGCAGCCCUAGCGCGGGCGCGCGCAUGCGCGCCGCGCGCGCGCUCGUGAACCUGACGUGCGAAGUGGAGAACAAGCCGCGCGUCGCGAACACGCCGGGGACGUUGGACGCGCUCGCGCGGUUGCUGAGUUGCAAGAGCGCGGUCCUGCAGAAGUUUGGCGCGUGGGCGCUCGGAAACCUCGCACACGGCCCGAAGCUUAAAGCGCAAAUCGUGGCGGUGCCGGGGUGUUUGUGCGGGCUGGUGGGGCUUCUGGGCAGCCGGAAGGCGAAAGUCAAGGGAUACGCCGCGAGGGCGCUGGCCAACUUGGCAAUCGGGGCGGCGAACAAGAAGGCGAUUGCGGAGGUGCGGGGCGCUUUGGAGGCUUUGGUUCGUCUCGAAGGAAGUUACGAUGCGGAAGUGCGGGGGCAAGCCAAGAGGGCACUCAAGAAUCUCGCGGGGAUGAAACAGAAUAGGGUGAAAAUCAACGCGGCCCGGCUCGGCGGUGGGGCUCUCUUAAAAGCUGGGUGUCCGUGA